AAUAAAAAUAAAAUAAAUAUAUGUAAAACGACAAAAAAAAGAAAAAAAUUCACUGCCAAGCAAAUUUCACGCCGUAUUUAAUCUUAGCUCACUGCCCGCCUUUGGCUUAAUCGCUGCUCGUCUUUCUUUCCGUUCCGUUCGCUCCGUUGAUCGGCAUUCGGUUUGUUCUGUGUUCUGUGUUCCGUUCCGUUGUUGUGUGUUCUGCACGUUAUCGUUACGUCGCGCACUUUUUCGAUAUCUAUAUCUAUCGUCAGUUCAGAUCUUCGCUGGAACCCCAUAGAUCAUAUCUAGAGAUCAACGUGUCCCGUCUGCUGCUCUCUCUGUUCUUUUCAGUCUAAGGCAUUGGAUGAACAUUCUUCAAUAGGCAGAGAGAGAAUAAGAGAGGUCAUUUUUUUCGCCAAAUAAAAAAGUGUUCCAGUCUUGUGCAAAACGGUCAUGAGAAAAGUGUUUUAAGGAUUUCAACAACAAAAUAAAAAUAAUAACAAAAUUUAUCAACACACAAAAUAAUAUAUAUAAUUUUGCGGUUUAAAGAAAGUUCGAGUUAGACAAUACAAAAGACUUUAGUUUAAGCUUCUUUAAGGAUAUACUCGAGACUCCAGAGCCUGCACAUAAAAAUGUCCUCAUUACUCAGCAUAAUUGCAGCGCUUCUUUUGGCCAGUUCAAUAUGCCAAGCACUGCCAGAUCUUCACAAACAAAUGACAGCGGAGCAACUGCAAACGGUUUUCCAUGUGGACACACACGAUGCAGUGCCCCACUAUGAGCUCAUUCAGCUAACUCAUCACACACAUCAGCGUCGGCGUCGCAGUAUUGAUUCGAGCCCAAACAAGGCUCUGCCCCCGCACCAUGUGAAAAAGGAUCUCAGCAAGAAUUCAUAUUACAGUGAACUGAAGCAACAGGCUGCGGCUGGCAUCAAUGGCAAUCAUCUGCUCGAUGUUAGCGCCAUCAAGUCACACAAUGUAUCCUUCGAAGCCUUUGGCAGGCAAAUGAAUCUCUCGCUCCAGGCCACCCAGGGCCUGUUCAAGGGAUCACCACACGAUCUGAAAAUGUGGACAGUGGGCAGUGAACCAAAUGCCACACAUGGCCUAGAUCUGCAGGAGGUGGUCAAAGAAGAGCAUCAAAGAGAUGAGAUUGGUGAAGUCUUCCAGGAUGAGCGUAAUAUGGCAGCCAUUUUGAUGCGUCGCCAUAUGGAAACGGGUGAUUUGAUAAUGGAGGGCAGCAUUGGUCACGAUCUGGUCAUUAAACCUUUGCCACAUGAACUGAGUCCCAAUAAAGAGGAGUCCCAUCACAUUGUCUACAAACGUGAGGCCAGUCAGACAGAAGAUCAACUUAGUGAUUUUGCCUUCAUGGAACCCGAUGAUUUGCUGGCCAGCGAAAAACUUGAACGUCUACAGCAACGUCAGCAGCGCCGUCGGCGUCGCAGCACAGAAAACGUUCCCGCAAGUCCCGACUUUGAAGAUCUGAAUGAUGAGGAUGAAGGUGCUUUAGAUGGGGAUACCCAAACAGCUGAAUCUCGCACACGUUCCAGACGUCAGGCUCCCUAUAUUAUCUAUCCCGAGGUCUUGGUUAUUGUCGACUAUGAUGGCUAUCGUCUGCACGGCGGUGAUAAUUUACAGGUCAAACGUUAUUUCAUUUCGUUUUGGAAUGGCGUGGAUUUGCGUUAUCGUCUGCUUAAAGGACCCAGAAUACGUAUAAGUAUUGCCGGCAUUAUUAUCUCACGAGGUCGUGAUGCCACGCCCUAUUUGGAACGUAAUCGUGUGGGCCGUGAUGCUAUUGAUUCGGCGGCCGCUUUAACCGAUAUGGGCAAAUAUCUAUUCCGUGAACGUCGCCUGCCCGUCUAUGAUAUUGCAGUGGCCAUUACCAAACUUGAUAUGUGCCGUCGCACCUCAGCUUAUGGUGAAUGUAAUCGCGGUACCGCAGGUUUUGCCUAUGUCGGUGGCGCCUGUGUGGUGAACAAACGUCUGGAAAAGGUUAACAGCGUGGCCAUCAUUGAAGACACUGGCGGCUUCAGCGGCAUCAUAGUGGCUGCCCAUGAAGUGGGACAUUUAUUGGGUGCUGUACAUGAUGGCUCCCCACCGCCGAGCUAUUUGGGCGGACCGGGUGCUCAGCGUUGUCGCUGGGAGGAUGGUUACAUUAUGUCCGAUUUGCGUCACACCGAACGUGGCUUCAGAUGGUCAGCCUGCACGGUGCAGAGUUUCCAUCAUUUCCUAAAUGGCGACACGGCGACCUGUCUGCACAAUGCCCCCCAUGAGGACAGCGCUUUGGGUAGAAAUCUGCCAGGUACACUACUCUCUCUAGAUGCCCAGUGUCGACGGGAUCGCGGCACUUACGCCUGCUUCAAGGAUGAACGUGUGUGUGCCCAACUUUUCUGUUUCGAUGCCCAGACGGGUUACUGUGUGGCCUACAGACCAGCUGCCGAAGGUUCGGCAUGUGGUAAUGGUUAUCACUGUCUGGAUGGUCGAUGCACACCUCUGCCCUCGAACAUAAUACCCGAUUAUGGACAUAAUUAUCGUUUAGUAUACAAUAAAAUCAGCCAUAAAAAUGAUGAGACCACCGAGGAUAUUGAGAAUAGUAGCGAAGAGACCGAAUCCCAAUCCGAAGAAUCUGAAAAUGAGAAUGAAGAAGAGCAAGAGCAAGGAGAAGGAGAAGAUGUAGAGACAAAUAGCGAAGAGGAUGGGGAACAAUUGGAUCCCCAUCAACAGGAUGAUAAUAGAGUUGAACAAAGUUCGGCUGCAGCUGCUGCUGCUGUGUCAUCGGCAUCCCCGACAUCAACAACAACAUCGACGACAAGAAAACCCACCAACGAACGCUCCAAGUCGAAAAGUUUUGAAUAUUUGCAGCGUUUGUUGCCAUUUUACAACACUGAAAGGCAAUGGAUGCAAAACGAUGGUGUCUUAGUCAAGACACGAACCAGCAGCAGUGUUAGCAGUAGCAGCAGCAGCAGCAGCAAUAGCAAUGGACACUACACACAAACAACAGCAACACCAAAAACUACAUCAACAACCACACAAACACCGAAUAUUUUUCAAAUUUAUACACAUGAAUUACGCAAACAAAUUGAAUACUAUUUACACAUGAUACAAACACAACAAACGCAGCCAAAUCAACAACAACAAGAACAGUCUAUAGUUGAAAUACCUUUGGUACAAAAACGAAAAAUUACAAAUUAUAGUGCAACCAACAACAUAAACAACAAUGACAGUGGGACAAAAGAACAAGCAACCAAGGAUGAGCAGCAGCAGCAACAACAACAACUUACGGAUGAGGAAAAUGAAGCCAAUGCCGGCAUACAGAGCAAUGAAGCAAUUGAGCGGCAAAAACUGGUUAACUGGAAGCUGUUUCCGUUCUAGUGAAAGUGCAGCCGUGGAACGUUUGGAAUUGGCACACGUCGAUUUUGGUUUUAAUUGCCAUUUUGAAAUUUUGGAUUUUUUGAUAAAGAAAUCUUUGCAGUUAAAUUUGUGUUUUUAGCUAGAAUUUAUUAUUAUAAUUGUAAUUGUUUUUAGUUCUAGCCACAACAACUAAUUUAAAAACAAAACAAAAACGCACAUUUGUUUGUUACAACA